GGAGGGGGGACAGGCUGCCGCCGCGCCGUCGGCCCCGCGCCCAUGACGAUGCUGCUGGACGGAGGGCCGCAGUUCCCGGCGCUGGGGGUGGGCGGCUUCGCGGCGCCCCGCCACCACGACAUGGCCGGCCGCGACGCCGCCGCCGCCGGCAUGGGGCUCGGCGCCUUCGGGGACUCCUCGCACGCCGCCGCCGCCGCCUUCAAGCUCAACGCGGCCCCGCACGACCUCGCCGCCGGGCAGAGCUCGGCCUUCACCCCGCAGGCGCCGGGCUACGCCAGCGCGCUGGGCCACCACCACCACCACCACCACCACCACCACCACCACGCCGGGCAGGUGCCCUCCUACGGCGGCGCCGCUGCCUUCAACUCCACGCGCGACUUUCUCUUCCGCAACCGCGGCUCCGGCAUCGCCGAGGCCGCCCCGGGCGCGGCGCAGCACGGCAUCUUCGGCGGCUCGGCCGGCGGCCUGCACGGCCCCGGCGGCCUCGCGGAGAGCCCGGGCUACCUGCUCUUCCCGGGGCUGCACGAGCAGAGCCCCAGCCACACGUCGCCCACGGGGCACGUGGACAACGGGCAGAUGCACCUGGGGCUGCGCGGGGAGCUCUUCGGGCGGCCGGACCCCUACCGCGCCGUCUCCAGCCCCCGCACGGACCCUUACGCCGGGGCCCAGUUCCACAACUACAACCCCAUGAACAUGAACAUGGGCAUGAACGUGGCGGCCCACCACCACCACCACCACGGCCCCGGCGCCUUCUUUCGGUACAUGCGCCAGCCCAUCAAGCAAGAGCUCUCCUGCAAGUGGCUCGACGAGAGCCAGCUCAGCCGGCCCAAGAAGAGCUGCGACAGGACUUUCAGCACCAUGCACGAGCUGGUGACCCAUGUCACCAUGGAGCACGUCGGCGGCCCCGAGCAGAACAACCACAUCUGCUACUGGGACGAGUGCCCGCGGGAGGGCAAGUCCUUCAAGGCGAAAUACAAACUGGUGAACCACAUUCGCGUGCACACGGGGGAAAAGCCUUUCCCCUGCCCCUUCCCGGGCUGCGGGAAGAUCUUUGCCCGCUCGGAGAACCUCAAGAUCCACAAGCGGACCCACACAGGUGAGAAGCCCUUCAAGUGCGAGUUCGAGGGCUGCGACAGGCGCUUCGCCAACAGCAGCGACAGGAAGAAACACAUGCACGUCCACACCUCGGACAAGCCCUACAUCUGCAAGGUGUGCGACAAAUCCUACACCCACCCCAGCUCACUUAGGAAACACAUGAAGGUGCACGAAUCCCAGGGGUCGGACUCUUCCCCUGCCGCCAGCUCGGGGUACGAGUCCUCGACCCCCCCCGCGGUGGGCUCCGCCGGCAGUAAGGACUCCACUAAAACGCCGCCGGCCGCCCUUCAGAGUAACCCUGGCCACAACCCCGGACUGCCCCCCAAUUUUAACGAGUGGUACGUGUGAAGGCAGCUGCUGCCCCAGCCAGAGACUGGACCAAACGCGUUGGGAACAAGGGAAAAGACAAGCCGGCUGCCGCUCGCUCCCGCGGAAACGGAGUUUCCACGCCAACGACCGCAUAGGGCUACACCUAGCUAACCGCCAGGAUCCGGAGGGGGGUCUUUUAUUAUUACCUUAUAAUUAUUACUAUUUUUUGCAAGCCCAGACGCUGGACUAGCCAUGUCCUUUUCUCAGGAUUGGAUUUCUUUUUUUUUGUUGUUGUCAUUUUUUGCAAUCGCCGUCGUUUCUUUUAUUUCCCCCUUCCGCCCCAGUUCUUCUUCCUCCGAUUCCCCACUUUUUAUUUUUAAUUUGUUUGUUUUAUUUUUCCUUCUUUCGGUGGGAUGUUGACAUGAGGAUGAAAAUUCUCCUUCGCCUUAGUGGUGAUUGUUUAAACUUACAGUCUUAAACCGUGCCAAAGUCCUGUUAUGUCUUGAACUUUCCUCUCUAGCUCUCCUACUGCUUCUCUUUCUCUCUCUCUCUCUCUCUGCUCUCCUCCUCUUUCUCCUUCUCUCUCUCCAAGCAUUACACUUGUGAAUGUAUUCUCGUCUGAUGGGGUCGGUCAGUAUUUUUCAGGAUGAGGAUGUGGUGUUUAUUCUACCCAGAUUGUGACGUUUAGUAUAACAGUUGCCUUUUUGUAAUAACUUUUUUUGUAAAUACAUAUCCAUGAUGCCAUAUUUAUCGUUCGUAAUUUAAUUAUUGAUACAAAGUGCCGGGAACUGAACAAUAUUUAUGGGGGAGAAAAAAUUGUUUUCUAACAAAAAAAAAUGCAAACAAAAAAAACCCUCUGUACAGCUUUUGGUUAUAACUGCUUUAGCAUUAAAAGUUUAUUGUUUUGGAAAGA